AUGGCUCAAAUACACAACAAUGGCGCCGCCGUUCCCUCUCGUCAUGAUGGGCUUGCACGUCCCUCUCCCUUAGCAUGCCUGGAGUGCCGUCGAAAGCAUCUUCGGUGCGAUGCAACGUAUCCGACAUGCGCACGAUGUGUGACGGCUCGGCUGCAGUGCAACUACACAUCGUCCCGCCGUGGCGGUGGUCGCAAACGGCAGCGAGAAGAUGAGCCAGCCGCCAAUCGAGAAUUCAACCGGCUGGCGCACGAACGGCAAAUCUCGAGCGAGGCAGAAGCAGAGGCAGAGCACCAGCACGAGCCCUCUGCACGCACGCCGGGCAACCAAGACGCUUCAGUCUCUGGACAGAACAACGGCCAUGCCAAUGUGAGGGCCCCCUUCCACGGCGAAUCAGAACCGCUGGAGUCUUUCCAAUUUGGACUCGACAACCUCUACAAUAUCCAAUCCAUGUUACAGCCUGUAUCUGUCGCCGAAGGCUCUUCCGCAUGGGUCGAUGACGAGGCCUUGGUGAACUUAUACUACACCUUCUUCCAUCGCGCCCAUCCCAUCUUGGUCCCGAGGCAUCUGUACGACGCACAAAACUAUCCUAGGUAUCUCCGGCUCACCGUGCAAUUCAUCGGCAGCCAUUACUCGACAACGCUCUCCAGCGACACCCUUCGAAGCAUGACUGCAAGGGCGCUGGCAGACGACAGCCAGAGAGCAGCGAGCAUGGUCCAAGCGCGGCUGCUGUUUUCCAUCGCUCUGCAUGCCCGCUUUGAAAUCUCGGAGGCCGAGGCCAGCCUGUCUCGCACCGUCGAGCUGGCAUUGGAGCUUGGGAUUCACAAACAGAGCUACUGCGUCAUCAACAGAGUGCGGCACCCUGUCGAGGAAGAAUCGCUCCGGAGAACGUGGUGGGAGCUGUUCAUUGUGGACGGGUACAUGGCGGCGCUGCAUCGCAAAACGACGUUUAGGAGUCGGUCGGUCUCGACGGACGUGCUCCUGCCAUGUGAAGAGUCGGCGUAUACCCAGGGCGAUAGCAUACCGGAGCCGCUGAGCCUAGCUCAAUUCGACGCCCGCCUGUUCAUCGAGGACGAGCUCCAGUUUUCCUCCUAUUGCUACCGGAUCGAUGCGGUGCGGAUCCUGGCCCGGGUGAUCUCAAUCGCCCGAACCCACGAGCCGCACCCGGACGAGGUGCAAGCCGUCGACAAUGCGUUGGUCGGCUGGAUUCAUCACCUGCCAGCGGGCAAGAGCGAGAUCAUCAACGCCUUUGGCGAGCUGGAUCCCAUGAUCUUCCAGGCGUACAUGAUCAUCCAGUACGCCAGCAUCUAUUUGCACUGUCCUCGCAGCGACCUCAACCUCCCCGCAGUGGUAGAGCUCUCCUGUGGCCAGAGCGACUGUCACACCUCCCCGAUCUCGACGCAACACACGCACGCCGUCAUCGCCACUGACGCUUCCAAGCAGCUGUCCAGUCUCGCCGCGCUGCGCACUCCCGUCCGCCAGCACACGCCGUUCUUCAUCUGCGCCGUCGUCUUGAGUGCAAUGGUGCAACUCUCGGCCUGCUUGGUACAUCCGCGCCACUGCCAUCAACUGCAUCGCGACCGCGUCAGUCUGAUCAUCGGGGUGCUGAAGUCCCUGACCCAGACCUGGGCAUUGGCGCAGAACGCCCUCAGGAUGAUUCGCAAGGUGGCCUGGGAAGUGCUAGAAGGAGGCGGAGGCUCGCAACAACAGCCUGAGCCUCAGUCUCAAGCUGCCAAUGGGUCGACGGGGGAUAGCGGCGUGGAUGUGCGAGGCUUGCUUGAUGAUGAUUCAACCAGCAGAGACCAACCGUCUUGGAUGGGCGUCAAUUUCGAUGGCUUACAGGACCUGAUGCAUCUCGAAACCAACGCUGCCUACUUUCCUUGCAAUUAA